GGGCACAGAAGCGGAGGAUGCCACUUCCCGUCCAGCCAUUUUAGGCGUUUGUGUCUUCUGUGGAGAGAGACCCGCAGGUUUUUUUCCCCAGUGUCUGUGUUCCAUCCACUUACUGCAAGAGCUGCCGGAGAAUAGCAGGACACCCGGUGAUUGGAAAUGGAGUCAGUGGCCUUUGAGGAUGUGGCUGUGAACUUCUCCCUGGAGGAGUGGGCUAUGUUGAAUCCAUCCCAGAAGAACCUCUACAAAGAUGUGAUGCAGGAAACCUUGAGGAACCUGGCUUCGAUAGGGAGCAGUUUGGAGCACCAUAUCAUUGAAAAUAUAUACCGGAACUCCUGGAAAAAACUAAGUGGUCAAGUGGUGGAGGGACUCUAUGACUGUAAAGAUGACCAUCAAUGUGCAGAAAUCUUCGACUUCACUACACACAGUAUUGUAAACCAGAACUCCUUACCAGGAGUGUAUAUAUGUGAAAACAGUGGAUGUGCAACAGUGGUCAUUGGCCAUUUAUCUCUAAGUGUACUUCUUAAACCUGACCCAAAGCAUGAAUCGUGUGAAGAUCAGGAAUAUGGGAAGGAAUUAUACAAUACGGAAUUUGGGGCCCCCUCCAGUUCUCUCACAUCAUUUGAGAACUACGAAAAUACUUAUACUGUAGAGAGAAUCUAUAAAACUGAGCGUUGUGAUGAAGACUAUAGAUAUGGCCAAAAUGUUGAAAAGACUUUCACUGAAGAAAAGCCCUUUGAGUGUAAGCAAUGUGGGAAAUGUUUCAGUUCGUCCAGGUAUUUUCGAAGGCACGAACGACGCCAUCGGGCCAAGAAAUGCUAUAUCUGUAAGCAGUGUGGGAAAGCCUUUGCUUUUCCCACUUACCUACAAACACAUGAAAGAAUUCACACAGGGGAGAAACCGUACGUGUGCUUGCAGUGUGGGAAAACCUUUGCUCAUUCUCGUUCCCUUAAAACACAUAAAAGAACUCACUCUGUUAGGGACCUCUUUGUGUGCAAUUACUGUGGGAAAACCUUACGUCAUUACAGUUCUCUUCAAAUUCACACAAGAAUUCACACGGGAGAGAAACCUUAUGUGUGUAAACCGUGUGGUAAAGCCUUCAUUACUUACCGUUCCUUUCGAAUACAUGAAAGAAUUCACACUGGAGAAACACCUUAUGAAUGUAAGCAGUGUGGAAACACCUUCAUGCGUUGGAUUCAAUUGCGAAAACAUGAAAUAAUUCACAGUGGGGUGAAGCCCUAUGCUUGUAAGCUGUGUGGAAAAAGCUUCACUUGUUCUGGGUCCUUGAGAACACAUGAAAGGAUUCACACUGGGGAGAGGCCCUAUGUGUGUGACCAGUGUGGAUAUAGCUUUACUCGGUUAAAUUCGCUUCUAAGGCAUAAAAUAACCCACACUGGUGAGAAGCCCUACGUGUGUAAUCAUUGUGGGAAGACUUUCCCUCGAUCUGCGUCUCUUCAAAGACAUGUCAAAAUUCACACCGAGGAGAAACCCUAUGUAUGCAAACAGUGUGGGGUUGCCUUCCCUAGUUCUGCUGACCUUUUAGAACACGAGCAAACCCAUAUUGACGAGAAACCGUACAUAUGUGAGCAGUGCGGGAAUGCCUUCGUGCUGUGGAGCCAGUUUCAGAAGCAUAAAGCCCUUCACGCCGUCCCAGUGUCCUACGUGUGUAAGCAGUGUGGGAAGAGCUUCACUUCCUCGAGGUCCCUGAAAACCCACGAGAGAAUCCACACGGGUGAGAAGCCUUAUGAGUGUAAGCAGUGUGGGAAGACCUUCCUGUGGUCCUACUCCCUUCAGAGACAUGAAAAGACUCACACGGACGGGAAGGUCCACGUGUGUAAACAGUGUGGGGAAACUUUCCCUUACGACAGUCAUCUCCAGGUACAUGAGAAACUGCACUUUGACGAUGAGCCUUUUAAUUGUAAGUACUGUGGGAAGCCCUUCUUCACUUUGAACCAUUUGCAUAGACAUGAAUUACUUCACACUACCAGUGUUUUUUAGUCAUGGGAGGAUUUUUUUUCCCCGUUUUGUGGUUUUCAUAGAAAUAAGAAAAAUCAUACUGGAGAAAGACUGGAUUUGUGCUAGCAAUGUGGAAAGCCUUUUGAUUUGUUUCAUUGAAGCAAACGUGCGAUGUCACAAUAAGGAGAAACCUUUUUUGUAAAACGAAAAUCAAUGUACAAAUGGUUUUUUGAGCUUAAAGCUCCUUGAAAUGCAUCAAAGAGAAACCGGGCCUGUGACUGCAAGCAGUGUGGUCAAGUCUUCUGCAGUCCUGGAUCUUGGAGGAGACAGAAGACUCAAGCUGUAGAGAAACUUUUAUGUGUAUAUGUGGUGUUGUAUUAAAAAAAAAAAGCCCUUUUCUGCUUCCCCAUUCCCUCUGAAUAUGUGGAAGGAGUCACUGGAGAGAAGUCCUUCAUAGCUAGGCAAUCUUGGAUAGUCUUGAGUUAUCACAUCCUCUUACAGACAUGAAAGAACCUACUGUAGAGAAAUCUUAAAAACAGGAUUUGUGAACUCUUCAUUAUCAGCUUCAUAGAACUCACAAGAAUGUAUGUGGGGAGAAUUCCUGUAAGUGGAAACCUAUAUGAACACCAUUUGGUUCAAUGAACAGACAAGGAAAGAACUUGAUAUGGAGUGCUAAUCUUCUCAAAAGAGAUGUUCAAGGUUUCAUUUGGCACAGAUGGUAACACAUACCGGAUGAAAACCUUUGCUGUUGAAAAACAUUGGAAAAUCUAGAGCAAAGUUCUUUGAAUUUUUUUUCAUGUUUAAUCUGAUAAAUGUCAGUAUUAUGAAGGACUGGACAUAUUUUAUUAUUAUUUUUUUUUUGUAGCAUGCUCCAGGAAAUGCACACUCUGGUGAGAAUGUUAUCAGUACAGUAUUUUGUAUUUAUUGAAAUGUUUCAGGGGCCGAUAGGGAUGAGUUAGCCUUUAAGAGCAUCUGCUGCUCCUUCCAAAGGACAUUGAGUUGGCCUUUAAGAGCAUUUGCUUUUCAGCACCACGUCACAGGGCUCACAACUGCAUGUGACUCUAGUUACAGGAGAUUCUACCCGCACACACUUGUACACAUAAAAAUAAAGCUUAAAUAUUUUUUUAGUCUUUUUUUUUCCCAAAAAAAGCUUUUGUUGUAUAUCCCAUGUUUACCCAGAACUGUUAAUCUUCCCGCUUCCAGCUUUUGAAUGUUUAAAAAUGAAAUGUCUCUGCUUCCACAUUCACUGUCAUUAGCUCCUGCUUGAGAGUCCAUCUCUUGACUUGUUUUUAAAUUUUACUCUACAAAAGCAAGCAGUGAGCAGAGCAUUGAGCAAUGUGGAAUGGCGGCCUAAUUACAUGAACUGCAGACCAGUAAGACCUACAUAUGAAAAAUGCUCACAGGAAUAGACAGUGCAUUUUAUUACAUUUGUGAGACUUCUUAAAGCAAUCAUGUAUUAGUUUAAUGGGUGAUAUAUCUUUUUGUAUUUAAUAAGUAGAUGCUUCUCAUUGUAAAUUAUGUUGGAUUCAUUGGUGAAUUGAUAUUUGAAGUAUGCCAGUCCACAUAAAUGUCUCUAAACGCAUUUUAGUAUUUAUGUGUGAGCAUGUGAGGGUAUGUAGACAUAUGCCCAUGGAGGCUAGAAUGCUUUGGAGAUAGCAUUACAGGCAUUGUGUCAUGUUUGAUGUGUGUCAUGGGAUCAAAAUCCCAGUCUUCAUGAUAGAACAGUAAGUACUCUUAACUGCUGAGCCCCCUCAAACCCCUCCAUAAGUGUCUUGUUUUUCGAUCAUGUUUAAUGGGUAGUUUAAAAAAUGGCCUUGUGAAUAUUGGGAUAGUCUUAUUGGUUUUAUUUGGCUGAUUAUAAGCAUUUUGUGUAUAUGCUUACUUUUCAUGAAAAAUGUGUGUGUGUGUGUGUUUGUUUGUAUACGUGUGUACGUGGACGAGUGUGUUUGGAGGGCAUUGUUUAUGUGUUGCUGGUAUGGUUGGUGGUGUUCACAAAGUGAACAAAGUAAUAUAUUGGGUGUCUUGCUCUAUCACAGUUAUUCCCCUAAGACAGAAUCUCACUGGGCCUGGAGCUGUGCAGCAGGCAGCAGAAGCCUUUCUUGUCUCUGUUCCCCCUAGUGCUGAGUUCUGAGGCACUCUAGAAGUUGGUUCUGGUUCUUCCUCCCUGCAUCAUGUUCCCAGAAAUAAGACUCAGACUCAAAAUAUACUUACAAAUGCCUUAGCCAUAUUGCUAAGCUCUUUUCUGACUAGAUCAUAACUAAAGAUAACCCAUUUAUUUUAACCUCCAUUCUGCCAUGUGGGUGGUUACCUGUGCUGAGGUACCAUACACCUGUCGAGUCAGUCACAUCUUCCUGGGCAAAUCUCCUGCCUCUGGCUCUAUCCCGGAGUCCUUUCUGCCUCCUGGAUGUCCCUCCUUGCAUUUCCUGCCUAAGUCAUGGACCAUGAGCUUUUUAAUUGACCGGUACAAGACAGAAGGUAUUUUCUCUAGAGAUAACUCAGUCAUUCACAGCUUUUUAUUAAUAGGGAAUGAAACUUGAGUCCUCAUGACAGCACAGCAAGUAGCUCCCCACUUAGCCACCUCCUCAGGCCUAAACCAGUCUUAAAUUGAUUGUUUCUUUUAUGUUGCUCUCUCGUGUGUGCUCACAAUCCUGAGUCUCUGUUCUUUUGACUUUGAAGUAUUUUCAAAAUAUUUUUUAGAAUAGCAAAUGUUAGGGUUGAUUUUGUUUUGUUUUUCAUAUUCAGAAGGUAGGAAUAAGUAUAUUGUAAUCAUAGGUCAGCCUAUCUUUCCAAGUUGACUUAUUUCUUCUGAGAAUUUCAUACACAUAUACAAUAAAAGAGAAUCAUGCAUACCCACUGUUUCUCCUUCCAACCCUUCCUAUUUCUCCCCAACACCCCCCUCCCCCCUUAACUUUGUCUUUAAAAAUAACCUGCUAGUCUAGUUAGUGUCAUUCAUACAUGCAUGAGUCUGGGGCCAUCUACUGGAGGAUGGGGGACCUACCAGUAGUUACAUCUUCACUAGUCAUUCUCCACCCCCCAGCAGCUAUUCACUACCAGUAGCUUCUCAGUAAGGGAGAUGCUGGGAUUUGGGCUGACUUAAUAGUACAAUGUAGGUCUUGUGCAUGCAGUCCCAUUUGCUAUGAGUUCAUGAUUAUAGUAACCAUGUCAAAAGAAAAAAAAAACCAGCAUUUCACAGCACUUCUCCCUCCCUCUGGCUCCUGUAUUCUUGUUGCUUUUUCUUUGAUUGUCCCUGAGCCUUGCUGAUGGUGGAGACUAAUAUAGCUGUCUCAUUUGGAGGUACCCAUUCAGUCUCUUCAUAGCCCUUUGACCAGUUGUGCAUCACUCCAUUGGCAGCUGUCCACUGGAAAAAGCAGCUUCUCCGACCAAAGUGGAGAGCAGUCAAGGUCUGUUGCUGUCAAGACCUGAAUGGAUGGCAGGAACUCAGUGUUUAGAGUGUUUUUCUUUGUCUUUUUUCAGAUGGUGUCAUGUUACAUGGCCUUGGCUAGCCUGGAACUUUCUAUGUAGACAAGACUGUUGUCAACUUGUGCUUAAUCUUUAUUUUUAAGUCAUGAACUAUUAGUGUGUGUGUGUGUAGGUAAUUUUACUGUGUAAAUUUUGCUUUUCAUAUAUAUUUCAUUUUCAUUGUAAUGUCUCUAGUUAUUACACUAAGAUUUAUUGGUGUUACUGCCUUAGUAAAACCAUGUAUUCAAUACAUUUACUAACUCUGUAUGCGUGGUGAGUGAGUGGCUCAUCUAUAAAAGGAUUCUCCAUAUUAUUUCUGACAGAGCUGGUGUUUGGAUUUAGGAGGUCUCAAAGGGAUUAGUUCUGUUGUUCAGUGUCCCCUGUGUUGGAUGCACUGAGGGGUGACUGAAGUUCUGCUCUUGUAACCAUAACAAUUGCUACCCAGGAGACUGAGUGCUGGAAUUCAUGAGGUAUGCUAUGUGUUUAGUCCACCAGUGAUAGGAGGGACUUUCCUAUUUCAUGAAUCAGAAUGUUUCACAGUUUUUCAACUAAAGAUGCCCUUUUAGAAUGCCUUGUAGUCAUUCAGGAACAUUGUUCACUGGUGGAGGCUUGGAACAUGUCCUUCAGUGGCAGAAGAUGUGUCUAGUUGUGUGAGGUGAACAACAGUGUUCUGGAUCAUUUUUGCAUUUCUUAGUUUCUUUUUAAACACUAAUAUUUACUAUAAUAUGAUGGAUGCAAUUGUCCGCAUAUAUAGGUGUGCCUAGAGUUUCCAUAACAUGACAUUAUGAUAAGUAAAGUGCGAGGUCAAGAAAAGCGCUUUACACUCAACCUAGUGGUCGGCACACCUUAGCCUAGUAGUCUACAGCAACAGUUUUGGCCGCACUUACGUUUUCCUUAAGUUGGAAAAAGGAGCUUUUUCUUUGUACAUAAUUUUUUUUAUUUCAGUUUUUUUAAAUUAUUAGCUUGUAUGUUGGCAAAGUUAUAGGUUUUCAAAUGACAUUGUAACCCAGGUUUCCAUGUACUUUAACCAUAAUCACUGUUUUUUCUGGUUCCGUUUCUUCUCCCCAGUGGGUCUGUUCUCCCAAGUAGACUCCCUUAGUUCAUCUCUCUAGUUUGUUUAAAUUUCGAUUCUGUUCGAUAUAGAAGGAACACCAUUUGGAGCUGAGUUGACAACUUACAUAUCAAUCUCCAGUUCCAUCCAUUUUCCUGCCAAUAACAGUUCUUGGUGACCAAGAAUAGUCUAUGUUUCUUAUAUACCACAUUAAAAAUUGAAAAAUUUUAGUUUAUCUAUUGAUGGGCACUUAGGCUGAGAUGGGCACUUGGGCUGAUCCUAUAAUUGAGAGCAGUCAGUAGUUGUGUAGGAACAGGAGUACAAGUGUUUCUAGUAUAAUCUGACUUAGAUUCCUUUUGUUGCAUACUAAGCAGUACUAUAGCAGGAUCAUAAGGUAGUAGUAUAUUUUGAUUUUUGAUGAAACUUCUGUUUUCCAGAGUGACCAUGCUAAGGAGCAGCCGUACAUUCUCACCAGUUUGUGUUAUAGUUUGGUUUCUUGAUAGCUAUUCACACUGGGGUAAAGUUAAUUGUAUUGAGAAUCUUCAUGUAUUUAUUGGCUAUUUGUACAUUGUUUGAGAAUGGAUUGUUUCUACUUGUGUUGAUUCAGUUACUUGUUUAUUUGUAAUAUAAUUUUUGUUGCCUUGUACUGGUUUUCUCAUUGUGUGUUUCGUGUACCCAAAAUUGCUUUUAAGCUUGCUCUGUGUGUGUGUGUGUGUGUGUGUGUGUGUGUGUGUGCUUUUUGUCUGUAUGUUAAUCUCUUGUCAGAUGAAUGAGAGUCCAAAGAUAUUCCCCC